AUGUGUAUUAGCACCCACACCCCAAAAAGAGGAUACACACAUGACAAUGAUGGAAGUAUGCCACCUACAUUGUAUUUACAGACCGACAAUUCAGGGAAAGACAACAAGAACUCUUUUGUGAUGAUAUUUCUGGCAUGGCUGGUGAAAAUGAAGAUAUUUAGAAAGGUAAAACUUGGAUUUCUCAUGGUAGGUCAUACCCAUGAGGAUAUUGACCAGGUAUUCAGCAGAGUUAAUGCCCACCAGUCAAGAGUUGAUGCCCCAACAUUACCUGCUCUACAUAGUGGAAUACGACUGUCAACUUCCCAAGCACCAAUUGUUUCCCAUCUUUCAGGCCUCUAUAAUUAUAAAGAACAGCUUGAAGACUGCAGAGGCUUGAUUGAAGGAAUCUCAGGACCGCACCAGUUUGUCUUUAAAGAAAUAGAAGGAAAGAUUACGGUGACAUAUAAAAAACUGGCCUUUGGCCUCAGAGGAAGCUGAUCACUUGAUCUGACAGAGUACAUACCAACUUUCAGUGACCUGCAGUGUGUACCAGUCAAUAAGAAAAUGAAGGACGAGGUAGAAAAAAUGAAAGUAGACCUCCCAAAGUGGAAUGAUAGUGGUAGGCUGUCUGAAGACCAUUUGCAAUGGUGGCUGACUUAUUUAGCUGAGCAAGAUACUGUGAACCCAAAUGUCCCUGUAGUAACUGAUUUGCCUACAUUCAAAACUCCAGAAAGGCAGAUACCAGACAUUACAUACUUACAAAAUGACAUACUAAAAAGUUCGGAGAAGGAGAGAAAAUCUACCAAUCUAAGACUGAAGAAAAGCAAAAGAAGGAACUAAUAAGGAAAAGAAGGAUCUAUAGUGAACAGUCUGU